AGAAAACACGCCCACCCUCUUUAAAUCGCUUCUUCUUAGUCUGUUAUCUCACAGAAAGGGCGGUUCUUCUCCCAUGUUAGGAAGUGAAGCCGUAUCUUGAAAGAAUAAACAAAAAGAAAGAAAGAAAUGAGAAGAUGAGAUAAGAGAAAAAAAAGUCCGGUUUACAGCGUUACUGACCUUGACCGUUUGCGAUUGGUGCCAUCAGGACGUAGUUCUUUUGUAAAGCCAUGGCACGAGGACAGGGUGAACAGAGUACCAAAAUUGAUUUCAAAUUUGAACGACUCUUUGAAUGUGACUCUUACCUUAAGGGCUAUCAAACUGAAAUAAAAAGAAGAGCUAAAAUCCUUCAAGAAACAGUUGAAGGAAUAUCUAAAAAUGAAGGAAGUCUUGAUGAAUUUGGUUUGGGAUUCAAAAAAUAUGGAGUCCAUGUCAAAGAUGACAACAGUGUUGAAUGGCUCGAAUGGGCUCCUGGUGCAAAAAACAUGUAUUUACGUGGGGAAUUUAAUGACUGGAAUAGACAGGCAUACAAGUUUAAAAAAUUGGACUAUGGCCGCUGGAAGCUGGUUAUUCCUCCAGCAGUUGAUGGCAAAUGUGCUAUCGAACACAAAAGCAAAGUGAAGUUGGUCAUUGAGAAUGAACAUGGUGACUUUGUGGACCGUCUCAGUCCUUGGGCAACUUAUGUUGUCCGAGACAAAGCGCUAGUAUUUGACCAAGUUUUAUGGAAUCCUCCCCUUCAUGAGAAAUACGCAUUUAAGCAUCCAAAUCCUCCUAAACCAGACAGGCUCCGCGUUUAUGAGGCACAUGUUGGCAUUUCAUCAUGGGAAGGUAAAGUCGCAAGCUACAAGUGGUUCACCGAUGAGAUAAUACCCAGAAUUGUAAAUCUUGGUUAUAAUUCAAUUCAAUUAAUGGCAAUCAUGGAGCAUUCAUAUUAUGCUUCCUUUGGUUACCAAAUAACAAGUUUCUUUGCUAUCUCAAGUCGCUAUGGUACACCAGAAGAACUAAAAGAGUUGAUAGACGUGGCACAUUAUCAUGGAUUGGCUGUGUACCUCGAUAUUGUUCACAGCCAUGCAUCAAAGAACAUGGAAGAUGGUCUAAACGGUUUUGAUGGUACUGCGUCUUGCUACUUCCAUGACAAUGGUCGAGGUUACCAUAGUCUUUGGGAUUCUCGCCUCUUCAAUUAUUCAGAGUAUGAAGUUCUGCGGUUUCUUAUAUCCAACUUAAGAUGGUGGGUUGAAGAAUAUCACUUUGAUGGUUUUCGUUUUGAUGGUAUCACAUCAAUGUUAUAUCACACUCAUGGAAUAGGUCAUGGAUUUUCAGGUCACUACGAUGAAUAUUUUGGUUUGAACACUGAUACAGAAUCUCUGAACUAUUUAACCCUUGCCAAUUAUAUACUCCACAAGGCAUAUCCUUUUAUAGUCACCAUUGCAGAGGAAGUAUCUGGAAUGCCUGCUCUUUGCAGGCCUGUAGAAGAAGGCGGCAAUGGUUUUGACUACAGAUUAGCUAUGGCUAUACCAGACAUGUGGAUUAAGCUCUUGAAAACACAAAGUGAUGAAGAUUGGAAUAUUGGUGGCAUCAUUCACAAUCUCACAAAUAUGCGUUAUGGAGAGAAAUGUAUAGCAUAUACAGAGAGUCAUGAUCAAGCACUGGUUGGAGACAAAACCAUUGCUUUUUGGUUGAUGGAUAAAGAGAUGUACACAUCUAUGUCUGUUAUGUCUCCACCUAAUCUGACCAUUGACAGAGGCAUUGCACUGCAUAAGAUGAUCCGACUCAUUACAAUUGGACUUGGUGGUCAGGGAUAUCUUAAUUUCAUAGGUAAUGAAUUUGGCCAUCCAGAAUGGCUAGACUUCCCCCGUGAAGGAAAUUCUGAGAGUUACCAUUAUGCUAGGCGCCAGUGGAAUCUAGUCGAUAAUGAUAUGUUGAAAUAUAAAUAUCUGAACAAUUUUGAUGCAGCAAUGUUAAAACUUGAAAUAAAAUACAGCUGGCUUAAUAAUGAUUUUAAUUACGUCAGCCAGAAGCAUGAGACAGACAAAGUGAUUGUGUUUGAGAGGACCAACAAACUGGUGUUUGUUUUCAACUUCCAUUCUGCCAACAGCUAUACUAAUUAUAAAAUUGGUGUGAAUGUUCCUGGGAAGUAUCGAAUUGCUCUUGACACAGAUGUUGAGGAAUUUGGGGGCCACAAGAGAUUAGAUCACAACACUAUAUUCUCUACUUCUGAAGGAUGUCACGACAACCGAAUGCAUCAUUUAUUUCUUUAUAUUCCUAGCCGUUGUGCUUUUGUUCUAGAAAAAUUUGACUGAAUAAUUAGUCUGCUGGAAACGGACAGUUGAGCUGCUGAGUCAAACACGAUUUUUAUAAUGUUCUACCUAGGGUCAAUUAACACUUUAUAAUAAUUAUAAUUAUUUGACAUUUUUUUGUUUUGUUUCCAGUGAGACUUACAAUAUUGUUUUCGUCUUUUUUAUGUCAAAUGAUCAUAAGGGUGUGUUUUUUUUAUAAAAAUUAAUUUAGAAUUUAUUUGAAUCGAACUUUUACAAAAAGUAUUAUUUUUAUUAUUUUUUUUGUUUUGUUUUAGCAAACCUUUAUUGGUUUCAAUCUGCGGCUGUGCUACAUGAUUUAAUGGGUUUUUUUACAACUUUUGUUUAAUUUUCAGUUUAAACUUCGGUUAGGAAUUUUAAUUGGGGAUUUCAAAAAAUUUAUUUAGUUUAUUUCAGUGUUUUCGAUUUAGAAAUGAAGAUCCUAUUGCUAAAAGUAUGUCGGUCACAUAGAUUUUUAUGUCUGGCUCAAAUAACUUUUGACGGCUGCUCAUAAUCCAUUAGAAAUGUUGAAAUAUUUCAUUAACUAUAGUUUACUCUCAUUAGAAUAUGAAUGAGAUGAUAAAAAAAAGUAGUGCUUGAGACCUCUUCAGUUCCUACAAUGCUGGGAAAAUAUAGGAUGGUUAGAUACAGUUAGCAUAGUUCAACUAAUGCUGCUCAAUUCAGUGAUAGGCACAUAUUUGUUCUUGAAGGUGGAGAUGUGGUUGGCUUUUGCUUGGCAUUAUCAAAUCAAUACACACAUUCUGUUUUUAUAUAUCAACUGAAAUUCGAGAGUGAAUUUAACUGAAACUGAAAUUCUAUUUCAAAAAGAAUUUUUAGUUUUGAAUACCAUCAAGGAAAAAAUUUUUUUCCAAUUUUUAUUUAGGUAAGAAAUUCAAUUCCAGAUUCACCCUCAUAUCUGAUUUUGGUAUACAAGAAUAUCAUGAUCAUUAUUGGAUUUUCUAUGAAAGAAUCCAAUGGUUGGCUGUGUUUCCAAUACAAUAAUUUCCUAUACAUCUCAACUUUUUAAGAAUUGCAUCAUCAAUGUGCAAUUGAUGUAUUUAGUAGAAUCUAUGUUUAAGCUUUAUUUUCACAAUUUAAAAAUAAUUCUGAAAUAGAGUGUUUAGCAUAGACUGUAGUAUUUUGACAUAACUUGUGGAUUAUAUUAGCUCUUAAGGUUACUUGUUUACUAAACCUUGAAAUUUAACAUUUUAUUUCA